AUGUUUAAAUUAAAUCCUAAAAAGGUACUCAUCAAAACACCGACUAUUUAUGAUUAUCAGGCUAAUUUGCCUGUCGAAACUAGAAAAGCAAUUGUGUUGCACGUUAUGAAUAAGAAUCCUAAGCUUAGAAUAAAAGGAGGAAAUUCAAUGACCAAUCCCUACAAAAUACCAUAUGAGUUGGCUGUUGCAGAUUAAAUUGAAUAGCUGGAAAAAUAUAAAAAUUCCAUUCUCUGGUCUCCUAGAAUGACUCCUAAAAAAUUCACUUUUGCUUUCAUCUAUCCAAUGGGAUUUGCCUUAGUCUUACUUUGGUAUAUUCAUAACGUUGCCAUACCAAGAAGAAUGGUAGAAAUGAAAAGAAAAUAUGGAUACGUCUAUCCUGAAUUAGAAUCGAAGGGCUGGCUAGAUGGUUGGUGGGAUUAUGAAUAAGAAGAAACAGAACAAAUAUUUGAUAUCAUCAAUAUGGAAUUCAAAAAAACAGAAGAUAAAGUUAGAAAUAAGCAGUACACCGAUUUCACCAUUUCCGAUUUACAAAAUUUUGGCAACAAGCCAACCUAUGAAAAUUCUGGAUAAACUUAAAAUAAUCUGAAAUCUGGAAAAUAAAUCAUGUAAGUCAAGGAAAAACAGAAAAUCUAAUCCUAAUUUGAGAAGAUCUUACAGUUACAGACAAAACCAUCAUCAUGA